CUCACAGCUAGGCUCUCACUCCCUAUAAAACACGCACCCCCAACCCAAGACCAAGACCGUCAUGCAGCUAGCAGCAGAGAGCCGUCAGCUCCCAGGCGUGUCGGAACAGAAUGGCUCGAGGAUAUCAUACCGCCCGGAGCUUCUUCCUCCUCGUCCUCAUGGCCACUCUAGCCACCGUGGCUUUGGUGGCGGAGGCGGCGUGGGUGGAGGACUACCCGUCGGGGGUGGCGUGCGGGGUGACGAUCCCGGUGGAGCAGUGCGACCCAGGCGACGCGGCGGCCAACAGCGCCUGCAUGGACCUCUGCCACUACGGCGGCUGCCGGCGCGGCGGACGCUGCGUCUCCCUCGGCCUCCUCGCCGGCGCCGGCCGCGGCUGCAACUGCAAGUGCUAGCUCUUCAUGCCCCGGUCCACGUCUUGACUCUCCCGUGUCACUUAACCAAACCAGCAGCAGCCCGUUGUUGAUUCUUCCCGGCUUUUUGUUCCUUCCCUAUGUACUGAGUUGGUAGUAGAGGCUGCAGUAGUACAACUAGUACGAGCUGUGUAUUUCGUCGUUGGGUAUUUGCACCUGCACUAUCACGGUCGGUUGCUUUUCUUCUUCGUCCCUUCCUUCCUGCCUUUUGUGGUGCACAGCAUAAGCUAGCCAUAUAUGGAUUUUGAGAUCCAAAAGAAUCGUCGUCAGGUGCCUUUUGUUCCCGUGGCAUUUGCCUUUUGGCUUU